AUGGAUGCCCAGUCAGCUGGAAAUCGGACGUCCAAAAUAUGCGUCGCCUUGUCGGCAGUCGAAGCCGAGCUAGUAGCCGCCUCCGAAGCAGCAAGAGAAAACAUGUUGUUUGCUCACCUACUUCGAGACUUGGGUUGUGGUGAGGUCAAACCACUCCUCCUCACCGAUAGUCUGGGCUGCUGUCAAGUAAGCAAGCAUCCCGCCAAGCACUGGAAACUCAAGCACAUCGACACCCGAUACUUGUUUGUUCGAAACGCCGUUCAAGACGGUGACGUUGCUAUCAAGCACAUUGGGACGGCAGACUACGCGGCCGAUAUUCUCACCAAAUCGUUCCAACCCAAACGCCUCCGCAAGGCUGUCAACAGACUAGGAUUGGUACGACCAUCGAGGGGGAGAGUUGAAGAUACAAUGGUCGACCAAGACCCUUUCGGAAUGGUCUCUGCAGGAUCAACAGAAAACUACGUACCAUCACGCGGAAUUUCGUCAGGAUCAAAAAUCAAUUCAGCAGGAUCAAAGAUCAACUACGUGCCACCGCACGGAGUUUUGUCGGGAUCAAAAAUCAAUUACGUGCCAUCACCCGUGGUUUCUGUACGAUCAAACGAAGGCAGAGAUGAGAUAGCCCUCGCCUGCUCUGCAAGAGUCUACCAUCGAAACGCACACAGGCCACGCCCCGCACAGAGCGAAGACGAGAGCGAAAGUGGAGAUAGAUGUCCCGAGUCGCAGGACGAGCAGUUCACAAAGACAUAA